CGGUCAUAUUUUUCAAAUGCAAGUGGAACUUACCGUUCGUUUCUCGCUCUAGAAUCAAACAACUUUAGGAACCGAGGGCUCCAGCUCCAGUUCCAGUUCCAGUUCCAGUUCCAGUUCUCUCCCUCUUUUUUCCCUUUUUCCCCAUAUUUCAGCUCUGACAUCUCUAUCUCUCUCUCCCUCUCCCUCUUCAUACGCCAUGCUUGGCGCUGCAACUUGUUAGAAGCCUGCAGAUCUCAUCCCCUCUGUGUUCAUGGGGUGUUUUCUCGCUUGCUUUGGCUCUAUAGAUGCUAAGAGGAAGAAACCCCACAACAAAACAUUGAGUAGACAGAGAAGCCAUGGAAGCUACUCACCACUCAAGAAACCCAUCUCUGUUGAGCCUUCUAUAACAGAGCUAACAAUUCCUACAGUACGGGAAGCUAGAGAGAAAAAUGAGAACCAGAGCUUCAAUGUCCAGAAGAAAGUCACCUUUGAUCUCACUGUGAAGACCUACUCAGAUGAAUCCUUUAAUGGAGAUUCAAAAUAUCUAUCAGAGACUGAUAGUAACAAAGAAAGUGAUGAUGAAAGAGAAGAGAUUGUUACAGGGAGCCAGUCCGUCACUUCAUCCGAGGAGUGUUCGACCACCUCAACCACUGGUUCGUACCCUGCAACUCACAGAUACCAGAACUGUCAAAGCAGUGAUGAUGAGGAUGAUGAUAGCAUUUGCGAUGAAGAAGAUGAGAGUGAUCAGGAAGAUGAUGCUGAGAGAGAGGACGACGAAGAAUUUUUUGAUUCUGAUCAAACAUUUGAGUCAUAUAAUCCUUCGAUCCGAUCGGAUAUUACCCAAUUGAUUAGGAAAGAGAAUGUUACAAAACCCAUCUCCGAUUCCUUGAUAGAGGAACCAACAAACCAGAUUAGCUCAAGAGCAAGGGACAGGAGUAGAUAUGUUCACCCUGUUUUAAACCCAGUGGAGAAUCUUUCAGAGUGGAAAACUCUCAAGGCUAAAGAAACAAAGAAAGCUCCAUUAUUCAAACAGAGCAAGGAAAACGCAAAGCUCGAUAAUGAAGAGGUAUUCAUUCCAUUUAGUUCAGAGCCAACGUUCAAGCUCCCAAAACCUCAGAUCCAAUUAAAUUCAGAAACAAGUUUCAAGCUCCAAAAGCAAACACCCAGGCAAGAGAUGGCAGUGGAUACGAGCCUCUCAAACUGGUUAAACCCAUUGGAGACUUUAAAUCCAAGAAAACCAGGUAAUGGAGAAUCAAAAUUAUCAGAUAUAAAACCAACCCAAGAAGUUAAAUCUUCUCCUUCCUCUGUAAAAUCAGUAAGGUACACAGAUGAGAGGCCUAUUUUGGGGGCUUUAACUGUUGAGAACAUUAAGCAGGCAUCAUCACCAAGGAAAUCUCCAAGUAGAAGCCCUGAUGAAAUGCCAAUUUUGGGCACAGUGGGGACUUAUUGGAACCAGGAAACCUUAGAGAAGAAUUUACGCUCUCGGAUCCCAAUUUCCAGCACAGAAGGAAUACCGAACACAACCAGCAAAUACAAAGAGGAUAAGAGAGUGAAUUGGCACUCUACUCCUUUUGAGGUGAGGCUUGAAAGAGCCUUGAACAGAGGAGAUCCUGAAGCUUAUUCGAGCUAUCCCCCCACUGUGUACUGAUUUCUCUCUGCAUUUUCUGUCUAAAUGAGUGGUGAAUCGUGCGGUUUUCUCAAGGUUUUGGAGUCUUUGUUUGUGUAAUGAGGAGUUAUGAAUUGGUGGUUUGUGUUGUAUUUGUGAUCUUGUGUGUUAAUUAUUGUACCAGUAUGUUGUCAGAAUGGACCUCUGAUAUAUUGUUGUGUUAUUCGUUUCAAAAGUUCAUUGUUGUCCUGAAUUGUUUGUUUCUUUGAUAAUAUUUGUAUUCAUUGUCCAUUAUGAAAUAAUAGAGACUACAUUUAUUUUUUGUU